GCAAUGGAUGGAGUGAAUCACUCUGUGGUGUCAGAGUUUGUGUUCCUGGACCUCACCAAUACAUGGGAAAUCCAGCUUCUGCUCUUCGUGUUCUCCUCCGUGCUGUAUGUGGCAAGCCUGGUGGGAAACUCCCUCAUCGUGCUCACGGUGACUGCUGACCGUCACUUACACUCCCCCAUGUACUUUCUGUUGGCCAACCUGUCUCUAAUUGACCUGGGAGUUUCUUCUGUCACUUCUCCCAAGAUGAUUUUUGACAUUUUCAGAAAGCAUAAAGUCAUUUCCUUUGGAGGCUGCAUCACUCAAAUCUUCUUCAUCCACGUCAUUGGUGGUGUGGAGAUGGUGCUGCUCAUAGCCAUGGCCUUUGACAGGUAUGUGGCCAUAUGCAAACCCCUCCACUGUCUGACCAUCAUGAGCCCACGGAUGUGCAUUUUCUUUUUAGUGGCUGCCUGGAUGGUUGGCCUUGUUCAUUCUGUGGUUCAAUUGGCUUUUGUAGUAAACUUACCCUUUUGUGGCCCUAAUGUGUUGGACAGCUUUUACUGUGACCUUCCUCGGUUCAUCAGACUUGCUUGUACAGACACCUACCGCCUGGAGUUUAUGGUCACAGCCAACAGUGGAUUCAUCUCUGUGGGUUCUUUCUGCAUAUUGCUCAUUUCCUACAUUGUCAUCAUCGUCAGCGUUCAGAAACACUCUUCAGCUGGUUUAUCCAAGGCUCUGUCUACACUCUCAGCUCAUAUCACUGUCGUAGUUUUGUUUUUUGGUCCUUUGAUAUUCUUCUAUACAUGGCCAUCUCCCUCCACACACCUGGAUAAGUUUAUGGCCAUUUUUGAUGCAUUUCUCACUCCUUUCCUGAAUCCUAUCAUUUACAUAUUCAGGAAUCAAGAAAUGAAGGUGGCAAUGAGGAGGGUAUGCAGACAGCUAGUAAGUUAUAGGAAGAUCUCUUAA